AUGUUUUCCCGCUGGCCGGGAGUUGCUGUGGUUUUUUCCAGAUUCUGAGCCACGCAGGGGCGGUCCGGGGGUGUAAAGAGAGCUCUCCAGCUCCCACCGCACGCACGUGUUACAGUUCUUAUUUUCUAUCAGAAGGGGAGGAGGGUUUGACCGUAAUUAGUUGGUAUUUGGAUUCCGGGUCUUUUCCCCUUGAGUGUCGCCGUAUUGACUUGUUUUAAUGCUGGUGAGAAAGAGGAAGCCAGGUGUCUCUUCCUCAGCAAAGUGGACAGGAAUAGAGAACCUGCAUUUGUGGGUGACUUUGACAAAACUCCCUGUCCCCUCCCUCUGGGCGUCAUUUUCCCUGUCUGGAGUUUCCAAACUUGACUGCAAAUACUGAUUGGCGUGUUCUUUAAAAAUUUUCCGCGUGGGGGUGAAGUGCAAGUGUCAGGCUUUGACACCGCCGGUUAGCGGUGUCCUGCUUCCCACAUGUUGAGGUUUGAACAUUAGAGGAGCAGCCGGGGCAAGCGUAUGAAGCAGGGUUUAUUUAAAAGGGGGGAAAUACCGACUUUUCCAGGGAGGGAGAAGGGGGCACAGCUGGUAUCAUGGUAUCCCAAGAGGCGAGGUGUAGGGAGGGGAAGUUCCUGGGACCGGUUACCUUGGCAACAGGGUGGAGCAGGGGCAGGUUCUUGAUAAGACCCCUCAGGAGACAGUCUCCAGCUUCCCAGACUCACUGAAAAUUGGCCUCCUAGAUCCCACCUGACUCGGUUUACCUGUCUACACUGACUGCCUCUCUGAUUCCGGCUUCAGUUUUUGCAAGCUUUUCAGCUGAUCCCUUUUCUCACCUGACCCUGAGAUUGAACCCAGGAACUCGCACAUUCUAGACACAGAAGGGCCCUUCCACUGAGCUCCAUCCCCAAAUAGAAGCAUUGCUGGAUGGACAGAUUCCUGGGGAAGGAGGUUCAAGGGAGCCUUUUGGGAAAGCCGGAGGAGCAAGAGCAGAGCACAGAAGAAGGAGCUACCCUGGGUGACGACAAAGGACACACAAGGAAGAGGCCCAGGAGAGAUCCCCCAGGGAAUGCCGCCCACUUGGCAGGCCCCAGCUGGCGACACAUUCGCGCCGAGGGCCUGGACUGCGAUUACACGGUCUUGUUUGGCAAAACGGAGGCAGACGAGAUUUUCCGACAGUUGGAGGAAAAAGUGGAAUAUUUUACAGGUGCACUGGCCAGGGUCCAGGUGUUUGGGAAGUGGCACAGUGUGCCAAGGAAGCAAGCCACAUAUGGUGACGCUGGACUGACCUACACGUUUUCAGGCCUUACGCUGUCUCCAAAGCCCUGGAUCCCAGUUCUAGAGUGCGUCCGGGAUCGUGUCUCUGGCUUGACAGGACAUACCUUCAACUUCGUGCUCGUCAACAGGUACAAAGAUGGCUGUGACCACAUUGGGGAGCAUCGAGACGAUGAGAGAGAACUGGCGCCCAGGAGCCCCAUCGCCUCUGUCUCCUUUGGUGCCUGCAGGGACUUCUGCUUCCGGCACAAGGACUCCCGAGGGAAGAACCCCCACCGGAAGCUAGAGGUGAUCCGGCUGCAGCUGGCCCACGGAAGCUUACUGAUGAUGAACCCCCCGACCAAUGCCCACUGGUAUCACAGUCUUCCCGUGCGCAAGAAGGUUCUGGCUCCGAGGGUCAACCUGACAUUUCGUAAAAUUUUGCCUAAGAAAUAAAAAUGUUUUUAACAUGUU